ACAUGAUGGACUCUGCGUAUGCGUAUGAGAGUUCACAGCCUUUCACGGCGACAGCUGGCGAUUGCAGCAGAAUCAGUCCAUACGGGUCCCUGACCAGCAAAACCCAAACACCGUGACCUACGUGUUCCCCCACCGAAUCCGCGUUCCGUAACGGACUUAACGGCGCAAUGCUCCCUAUAAGAAGCAGCCCAAGCACCGGCCCAAUCCGUAUCCCAAGCCCAACCCAAAGCCCAGGCCCGUUAAAAUUCACUAAAUCAACUCCACCGCCGCGAACCGCCGCCGCCGAGGGAAUGGCUCACCCAGCGACGCCGGUUUCGCCGCCGCUAAAGGACGAUCUGGACAUCGUGAUCCCGACGAUCAGGAACCUGGACUUCUUGGAGAUGUGGAGGCCGUUCCUGCAGCCGUACCACCUGAUCAUCGUGCAGGACGGCGAUCCGAGCAGGACGAUCCGAGUGCCCGACGGGUUCGACUUCGAGCUCUACAAUCGGAACGACGUGAAUCGGAUCCUCGGACCAAAGGCCUCCUGCAUCUCCUUCAAGGACUCCGCCUGCCGCUGCUUCGGCUUCCUCGUUUCCAAGAAGAAGUACAUCUUCACCAUCGACGACGAUUGCUUCGUGGCGAAGGAUCCGAGCGGGAAGGAGAUAAACGCGUUGGGACAGCACAUAGAGAACCUGCUGAAGCCGUCGACGCCUUUCUUCUUCAACACGCUGUACGACCCGUUUAGGGACGGGGCGGACUUUGUGCGCGGGUACCCGUUUAGCAUGAGGGAGGGUGCGCCCACCGCCAUAUCUCACGGGUUGUGGCUCAACAUCCCGGACUACGACGCGCCCACCCAGCUCGUCAAGCCUCUGGAGCGCAACACCAGGUAUGUGGAUGCUGUGUUGACUGUCCCGAAGGGCACUUUGUUCCCAAUGUGUGGGAUGAACCUGGCUUUCAACAGGGAGCUCAUAGGGCCAGCCAUGUAUUUUGGGCUCAUGGGUGAUGGCCAACCCAUUGGCAGAUAUGAUGAUAUGUGGGCCGGCUGGUGUACCAAGGUGAUAUGUGACCAUUUGAGCCUUGGGGUAAAGACAGGGCUGCCCUACAUUUGGCACAGUAAGGCCAGCAACCCAUUUGUGAACCUGAAGAAAGAAUACAAGGGCAUAUACUGGCAAGAAGAGAUCAUCCCUUUCUUCCAAUCUGCCCUCCUCCCCAAAGACUGCACCUCUGUUCAGCAAUGCUACAUUGAACUCUCCAAACAGGUCAAGGACAAGCUGGGCGCAGUGGACCCUUACUUCCAGAAGCUUGCAGAUGCCAUGGUUACUUGGAUUGAGGCCUGGGAUGAGCUCAACCCAUCAGCCCAAAAAGCAGCAGCUGCCUCUGCUGCCCAGCCCAAUGGCAAGCCCAAGCCCAAGUAGACAGCCUUCUUGCGGUCCCCGUCCCACUCCCUCCCUCUGCCUCUUGUAGUUUUUGAGGUCCUAUCCUUUUUAAGUGUUUUUUUGCUGGUUGUUCCCUUUUGUGGGUUUUGGUGGGUGUUCAUGGCAAUCUUAGAAUAUGCUUUAGAUGAUCCCUUUUCGGCUUACAACUUUUGGAUUAUCUACUUUAAAGGUUUUCCAUUUUAAAAAUGAAGUGAAAAUUGCAGUUCAAA